AUGCCACGAGGGCAGAAGAGUAAGCUCAGGGCCCGCGAGAAACGCCGCCAGGCCCGGGGGGUUACCCAGGAAAUGGAGGGUGCUCAGGCUACUGAAGCAGAAAGAGAACCCAUCUCCUCUGCUUGUCCUCACUCUGAGGCCAAACCUCAGGAAUUGCCUGCUGCUGCGACACCCAGAGCUCCUAAGGAAGCUCAGGGAAGCUCCGCUACCACCAAUACUGAUGCUGCCGAAGUUUCACCGGCCAAUCCAGAUGAAGGUGCCAAAAGCCAGGAGGAGGCGAACCCCAGGUCCUCCAGGAGCGCUGAGGUCAUGCGCAGAGAUCCUCUCAACAAGAAGGUGGUUUUACUGGUGCAGUUCCUGCUGCAGAAGUAUCAAAAGAAAGAGCCAAUUACGAAGGCAGACAUGCUGAAGUUUGUUAUCAAAAAGUACAAGAGUCAUUUCAACGAGAUUCUCAAGAGAGCCUCUGAGCACAUGGAGCUGGCCUUUGGUGUCGACCUGAAGGAAGUGGAUCCCAUCAGGCACUGCUAUGCCCUCGUCAGCAAACUAGAUCUCACCACCGAUGGAAUCAUGCAUGACGACGGGUACAUGCCGAAGACCGGUCUCUUGAUGAUCGUGCUGGGCGUGAUCUUUAUGAAAGGCAACUGCGCGACAGAGGAAGAGGUCUGGGAAGUGCUCAACAUGAUGGGUGUGUAUUCCGACAGGAAGCACUUCAUCUAUGGGGACCCCAGGAAGGUCAUCACUCACGAUUUGGUGCAGCUCAAGUACCUGGAGUAUCGCCAGGUGGCCCACAGUGACCCUCCGCGCCACGAGUUCCUGUGGGGUACAAGAGCCCAUGUGGAAACCAGCAAGAUGAAGGUCCUUGAGUUCUUAGCCAAGGUCCACGACACCGUGCCCAGUGCCUUCCCCGCCUGGUACGAAGAGGCUUUGCGAGACGAGGAGGAGCGAGCCCAAGCCCGAGCUGCCGCCAGAGCUCGCACUGCUGCGGUAGCCAGCGCGCGAACCAGGACCCUGACCGGCAGUUCCUCCCACGGGAAGUAA